AAGGCACCAACUCCUGCUCUGUUCAUGAGUCUGAACUCAUUCAACCACAGAGAGACCGAGAUUCAGUUCCAAGCCUCUGAUUUGUGUUUGUGUUUCUUCUCGACAUGUCGCUGCUUUCAGAUCUCGUAAACCUUAACCUCUCCGACACUACCGAAAAGGUGAUCGCAGAGUACAUAUGGAUUGGUGGAUCUGGUACGGACCUCAGAAGCAAAGCAAGGACGCUUCCUGGACCAGUUAGUGACCCUUCAAAGCUUCCCAAGUGGAAUUACGAUGGUUCUAGCACAGGUCAAGCUCCUGGUCAAGACAGUGAAGUGAUCUUAUAUCCUCAGGCAAUUUUCAAGGAUCCAUUCAGGAGAGGCAACAAUAUUCUUGUAAUCUGUGAUACUUACACUCCGGCGGGAGAGCCAAUUCCAACAAACAAGAGACAUAGUGCUGCAAAGAUAUUCAGCCAUCCUGAAGUUGUUGCUGAAGUACCCUGGUAUGGUAUUGAGCAGGAGUACACCUUGUUGCAGAAAGAUGUCAAAUGGCCUCUUGGGUGGCCUACUGGUGGUUAUCCUGGCCCUCAGGGACCAUACUACUGUGGUAUUGGUGCUGACAAAGCCUGGGGUCGUGAUAUAGUUGAUGCGCAUUACAAGGCUUGUCUAUAUGCAGGCAUCAACAUUAGUGGCAUCAAUGGAGAAGUGAUGCCAGGCCAGUGGGAAUUCCAAGUUGGUCCUUCUGUUGGCAUCUCUGCUGGAGAUGAGGUGUGGGCUGCUCGUUACAUUUUGGAGAGGAUUACAGAGAUUGCUGGGGUGGUGCUCACUCUUGAUCCCAAGCCAAUUCAGGGUGACUGGAAUGGAGCUGGUGCUCACACAAACUACAGUACCAAGUCCAUGAGAAGCAAUGGAGGCUAUGAGAUCAUCAAGAAAGCAAUUGACAAGCUGGGGCUGAGGCACAAAGAGCACAUUGCAGCAUAUGGGGAAGGCAAUGAGCGCCGUCUCACCGGCCGUCACGAAACAGCUGACAUCAACACUUUCUUAUGGGGUGUUGCAAACCGUGGGGCAUCUAUCCGGGUUGGCAGAGACACAGAAAAAGAAGGCAAAGGGUAUUUCGAGGACAGGAGGCCUGCUUCUAACAUGGAUCCAUAUGUGGUCACUUCCAUGAUCGCAGAAACCACCAUCCUGUGGAAGCCAUGAGUGCCAGCUUAUCCUCCCUUGGGGAUCAUUGUCAUUGUCUUUCCAUGAGAUAAAAGCAAAAUGUGUCAUUUGAGUACCAUGUACUUUCCAUUAGAGUAGCUUUGUCCUGUUAUUUCUGUUUCUCAUUUGCCCCAUGUAUGAGGUGGUGGUAGCAAGGUGAGUUUAUUGCUUCCUUGCUUCAUGAUUCUGCCUCGUGUUAAAUAAUGUGUUUUGUAUAAACUACAAAAUGAAAGGGGGCUGCUUUCCAUUUGUUGAA